CACGAGACUGCCGUAAGCGAUUCGUCUAUGUUCCCCCUCUUCUCUUCUCUAUCUGCUGCUGCUGCCGCUGCCGUUGACCGGCCGAAUAGGCUGUAGGUAUGGGUGUGGCGAAGGACUGCGUUGGUCGCAGUGGGGGAGUUGAAGCGGCCGUCGACGAUCGCUGCUCUCCGGGGUCGGCGGCAGGGGCAUGGCCGGGGAACUCCAACUGGUGGCCGCCGGGGUUCCGGUUCCACCCCACCGACGAGGAGAUUGUCCUCUACUAUCUCAAGCGCAAGAUCUGCGGACGCCGCUUCAGGCUCGCCAUGAUCGGCGACGUCGACGUCUACAAGUGGGAGCCAUGGGAACUCCCUGACAAAUCAGAGUUGAAGAGUGGCGAUAAGCAGUGGUAUUUCUUCAGCCCGAGGGAUAGGAAGUAUCCAAAUGGGUCGAGAUCGAAUCGGGCCACCAAAUGUGGCUACUGGAAGACUACCGGAAAGGACCGGACCAUCUCUCAGAACUCCAAGGCUAUGGGGAACAAGAAAACACUUGUCUACUACCAUGGACGCGCGCCCAAGGGAGAACGCACCAACUGGGUGAUGCAUGAGUACACCUUGGAUGAGCAGGUGUUUUUAAGCUGCAACAAUGUGCAGGAUUGCUAUGCUCUCUACAAGGUGUUCAGGAAGAGUGGUCCUGGUCCUAAGAAUGGGGAGCAGUAUGGAGCACCCUUCAGGGAAGAGGAGUGGGAUGAUGAUGUAGUGGAUGAGAUCUUCAGGAGCCAGGAUAACAGUGAAUUACCAACGAAUCCGUGGAACACUGAAGUACCAACAAUCGAGCCUCUCCAUGAUCUGGUCUCUGCUGGCACAUCAUGCGAUGCUGGGAGCAAUCAACUAGUGGAUGAGUUAGAGGAUAUUUUGCUAGAAUUGUCUAAUGAGCAGAACAUGGUUGGCCAGUAUUCAGAACAUUCCGCAUAUGUUUCAGAGGUUAAUGUUGAAACAGAAAUUGGAAAGCACAAUUUUUGCCCAUCCUUAACGAAAGCUACUUCUUUUGAGAACAGUGGCAUUUGUUAUGAGCUGAGCACUUCAGACACAAAGUUUCAAGUCACACAACCAGAUUCUGCUUGUGUUCAGCCUGUUGAAGAUCCUGAGAUGACUUCAUUAACCUCUAACACCCAACAGAUUCUAGGGCAGGCAGAUGAGGAGUUUUUAGAAAUCAAAGAUUUCAAUGACCCAGAAUCCAUCAUGUGGAGUUGGAACGAUUUGAAUAACAGGGACCAGAUCGAUGGCCCUAACGAGUUAUAUGAUUCUUAUGACUAUUUUGAUGCCCCUGUGGCUUUCUCUGAUGAUUUUGACUCUCUGGGCCUUGCAGCACCAAUUUCAUACCUUGAUGGUUUUGGUGGUGAUGAAGCACUAGAUGAGUCAUACCACGUAUCAACUGAACUUUGGGGACAUAAUCAGGGUUUCGGUGCCUCAAAUGCGGACCCAAACCAGGUCUUCAUGACAUCACCAGCUUCAGGUGCUGCAUAUGCUUCUACAUCAUCCAAUAUGGAGAUGGUCCAACGGCAAAACAGCACCUCAGAAUCGUGGUUCAGUUCUGCACUCUCAACCUUGUUGGAUUCAGUACCAAGCCGUCCUGCGCUGGCAUCAGAGAAUACCUUCAUUAGCAGGGCAUUUGAACGAGUAUCGAGUUUUAGAGCAGGGCAGGUUGGAGUUCAUGGUCCAAACGCCACCGCAGAUGGGCACCAUGCUACAUCGGGAAGAAGGGGAGGCCGCAAUGGGGGGAUCCUUUUCAUCUCAUUCCUGGUGGGACUUGGUGCUGUGUUCUGGGUUUUGACUGCUGGAGCUGUAGUGAAAGUAUUCAGUGCUUUUUUGGCCAGGUUCAAUUCCUCCUGAAUAUGUAAAAUUGACAUGAACAAGAGUUCCUUGUUCAUUAUUCUGGUUUCAAGUAUCCUAAUUUUGUUGAUAUCAAUCUUUGUAUGUUUUCGAGUAUGUACAAUUGUAAAGGCUAGAUACUAUUGCAGCACUUACAAUGGGAUUCUUCUUCAGAGAGAACUUCCAUUGAAUUAACCUUG